CAGAGAAGUAAAAACUUAUGGUGUCAUCAGUCUAAUGCGUCUCGAGCAGCUGUUUCUAUCGUCUCGGCAUAGGUCUAGCUUCUCGACAGUAAAUACAAAUAAAUACUGACAAACGAAAGUAACUGUUUGGUGAACAUAACCUCAACGUUAUAUCUCCACAUGCUGAUGAUAGAUGAGAAUUAAUUGAAUCGAAUCGAGAGAAUAAUGAGACGAGCGAGGAUCAAAGUGACGGCCUCGGUCCCUCUGAGGCGAAAAGUCAUAACAGUUGAAGAUCCUGGUUCUUUAACGAAGGAUUCUGAUUCUUCGAAAGAGGAAACGCCUCUAGAGGUGCCCGAACAGCUUCCAGAGGCUUCGACGAAGCAAAAUGCUGUUGAAGAGGUUCUUGGAGAAGAUUCCCUUUGUGAAAAGACACCGGAGAGAAAUAAGGAUGUGGCUGAGAAGGCAACUCUUGAACUUGAACAAAAAACCUCACCCCUCGCGGAGGCCCUCUCCAAGAGGCCGAGACUCUUCUCGGAGUCUUCGGACUCCAAAGGACAUCUUUCUGGACCCGAAAAUGCAUCCCCGGCGAAGACCCUGACAAACCGUUCGUUCACUCGCCCCACUCCUCGUCUGGACGGUUCAACUCGUAUCCGUCGUAAUAGUGUCCAGGGGUCAGGGGCCAGUGCCAGCGAAUCCGAAGACGACUCUCGUCGUCACCCUCUUCCCUCUCACCCUCCGCCCAUGUCACACCCUUCACAAGCCCCUCAGACCUCAGCCCAGUCUUCAUCUGGCAACACGAAUCAAAGCCUGACUCAGAGCUCCAAACAGAAGAGGAAGAUGCUCGUCUCAGAGUCGGCCAGGAAACUCGCCGAGGCUCGUCGAGAAUUCCUCCUCAAACACGAGAACAAUCCACCAGACAGGACCAAGCUGACGAUGUAUGACUUGAUCUACUACAACCCCACGACCAACCCCAUGAAAAAAACAGCCACUCUUGUCCGAGUGGAGCCAGAGGAGGUGGUAGAACCUGAGGAAGAGGAGGAUGAAUCUGAAAUGCCAGUUCCCCAGUUGAAGGUUGGAGUAAAUGGAGAACUAGUGGUUGAUGAGCAAUCCCUGGUAAUUGAGAAUAUGGCGUUAAAGCGUGAUCAGGAUGCAGUGUCUCGUCGUCGAGUCCUGGUGGACGAGGAGGGUGCAAUCGGUGGUUUCUACAAGAAAAGAACAAAGAGCAAAGACUGGACACCCCUGGAGACCCUGAAAUUCUACAAAGCCCUGAACACUGUUGGCACUGACUUCUCCUUGAUGCAGACUGUUUUUCCUAAUAGGAAUCGUCACGAGUUGAAGAUGAAAUUCAAGAAAGAGGAGAAGCUCAACAGGACGAGAGUGGAGAAGGCCCUGGUUUACCACCAGGAGUACGACAUCGAAACCUUAAAGAAGGACCUCGAGAGCUUUGAGAAUAUCGAGGAGACGAGCAAGAAGACAAGGAAGUCCAACGAGAGCUACAGAAAGAGGUGUGCCAAGAGGAGACUGGCUGCCACCAGUCUCAAUAUGCUGAGUGAGGAAGAGGAUGAUCCUGAAGAGAUGGAGGGAAAUUCUGAGCAGAAGGACGUCGAGAUUGCAUCCAAGGUGAAACAAAAAAGACCCAGGGGCAAAAAUCUGCCUGAUAAUUCGAAGGAUUCUAUCACUGAAGAUGAUUCUGAGGUUUACAAAGUUAAACCCACGAGGUCUGGACGAUUGCCCAAGAAAAAGAGGGUCGGCUUUAAUCCCACUUCCAUUUUGGAUAGGAUUUUCGAUAAAAAUACUGAGAACGAUGAGGAGGUGGAGGAAGAUAAGGAAGAAGGGGCCGAUGGCAAGGAGCAGAGCCAAGAAGAAGUCGUGGGUGAACCUGUAAAGGGCCUCCAGGACAUCGAACCUGGGUCUCUUGUCAUUGUAUCAAAGGAAUCACCUGAUGAGCCUGGCAAGACUAUUGUCCAGGUCUACAUGGUGGGGAAGGACUUGGAGGGAGGAAAAGAGACGAUGACACCGAUGGAUCUUAGCUCAGAACUCCUCGCUACAGUCACUAAAGGACUGAAGAGCCAUGGGGUAAUCCCUCGUUAAGUCUCGUCCAAGUAGGGUUUGCAGUGAUCUGCAAAAAAAUUGUCGUCAACAGUGGGAGAUGAUUCUUUUUCGAUGCUUCGCUUUAAUGCAUAAUGCCAUUUUCAGGGAAUUUCUUUCAUUUUGAAAAUGAUUUAAUUAUCUUUAAUGUUGAAUGUCAAUUCAAUUUCCAGGUUGUCAUUAGUGAGACGUGCAUGAUUAAAAGUCUUGAUGAAAGUGGGUGCUAAAGAUUCGCUGAAUUACAA